AGACAAAUCCGUCCCCGUCCCCGUUACCGUCUGAUUGUUGGACUGAACUCUCUCUUCCCAACAAAGCUCCGUUGCCAAGGAAUACCCUAAUUCCGACAAUCUAUUUGCUCCUCUGCCUGUAGGAAUCGAUCUAUGCUGGGCGUGAAUUUGUUUUAACGGCUGAGGCGGGGCUGACAUCUUAUUUUUGUUGGGAGUGUUAGUUUGACAUGGAUGCAUUCACCGAAAGAUACUUUCAGAGCCUUGUACUGAAAAGACCGGCAACUAGUUCAAGUGAUUUGAGCCCCAGAAACAGGAAAAGGAUAAAAGCUGAUCAAAGUGGUGGGUACAGUGUUGAUGCCUUCUCUGAUUCGUGGAGAUUUCAGUCAGAGUGCAAAACAACCCGCUUCGUUGUAGAUCACUGUGAUACUUUGUCUAAAUAUGGAAGCAUGACUGAAGAUGUUCAAGAGCUUUUAAUGAGGCGGAGAAGAUUAUUGGGCUCCUUCUAUGGACUGUAUCCAGAACUUCCAAUUGAAGAAUUGCUUGUUCCAGCCCCAGUUCCAGUUCCUGCUCCAUCUCCAGCUCCACAAAAUGCCCUUUCUGUAGAACAUGUAGUCAUCAUUGAUUCAGAUGAUGAAUGUGAUGCGAAGAGCGAGAAUGGGAAACCAAAUCUGCUGGCUAACUUGACUAUGCCUGAGAAUGGGAAACCAAGUCUGCUAACUAACUUCACUAUGCCUGAGAAUGGGAAACCAUGUCUGCUGGUUAACUUCGCUACGCCUGAGAGCUGGAAACCAUAUCUGCAUGUUAACUUGACUACACCUCAUCCAACUCUUCAGAUGAAGGGUUUUGCGGAAUGGGAUUACACUCAAAACCAUAAUUCUCAGUUGGUUGAAGCACCUGCUGUUGGUGAGCGUGAGCUUGUCAACUCUAAAAGUGAGAGUGAGGGUUCAGAUGAUGACAUGCAGGAGGAAAGUGAUAACUCUCCUGAUGCCAAUAUUGAUGAACUUGGUGACAUCUGGAAUGAGAUGACAGUUGCGUUAGAGUGUUCAAAGGAGGCUACUGAAGCUACUCAGCUUGAGGAACAUCAUGAUGAGGAUGAAGAAGAUUGUGACCAUUCUUUCAUAUUUAAAGAUGAUCUUGGUGAUGUUUGUCGCAUAUGUGGGGUGAUUAAGAGAGGAAUUGAAACAAUUAUUGAAUAUAAUUUUACAAAGGCCAAUAAGAACACUAGAACUUACAGAUAUGAAGGCCGGAGUUCCAGAGAGCAUGACCAAACUGAACCUUUGCCAGAGGGUUUAAGAUUACCUGAUAAUGAUUUUAUUGCUGCUGACAUUCAUCCGCAUCCACGACACAGGAAGGAGAUGAAACCGCAUCAAGUAGAGGGUUUCAAUUUUCUCGUAAGCAAUCUCGUGUCAGAGAAUCCUGGAGGUUGUAUAAUGGCACAUGCUCCUGGCUCUGGGAAAACAUUCAUGAUCAUCAGUUUUCUUCAGAGUUUCAUGGCUAAAUAUCCAGCUGCCAGGCCGCUUGUUGUACUUCCUAGGGGCAUUUUGCCCAUCUGGAAAAAGGAAUUCAUAAGAUGGCAAGUUGAAGAGAUUCCGCUAUAUGACUGUUACUCGGUUAAGGCAGACAGUCGGGCUCAGCAGCUUGAAGUUCUCAAGGAGUGGGUCCAAGAGAGGAGCAUAUUGUUUCUAGGGUAUAAGCAAUUUUCUUCCAUUGUCUGUGAUGAUGACCAAGGUCCAGUUGCAUCUGCCUGCCAAAACUAUCUGCUUAAAGUCCCCUCGAUUCUCAUCCUGGAUGAAGGUCAUACCCCUCGAAACCCCGACACUGACAUUCUGACUUCUCUUGAGAGGGUUGAAACUACAAGAAAGGUAGUUCUUUCUGGAACCCUCUACCAAAACCAUGUCAGAGAAGUUUUCAGCAUUCUAAAUCUUGUGCGCCCAAAGUUUCUGAAGAUGGAAAAUCCCAAAGCAAUAAGGAGGCGGAUUCUGAGCAGGGCCGAAAUUUCUGGUAGAAGGAAUCUGAUGAAACAUGGAAGAGACAAUGGCUUCUAUGAAACCAUAGAGGAGUGCUUGAUUAAAGAUGAAAAUCUAAAACGGAAGGUCACUGUGAUCCAGGAUCUGCGGGAGAUGACAAGAAAAGUGCUGCAUUAUUACAGGGGGGAUAACCUUGACGAGCUGCCGGGGCUGGUGGAUUUUUCAGUUUUUCUUCAGUUGAGCCCUGCACAAAAAUUCGAAGUUAAAGAGCUGAAGACUGUGUCAAGAAAGUUUAAAAUCAGUGCACUAGGCAGCCCUAUAUAUGUCCACCCAAGUCUGAAGGUUCUCGCCAAGAAUUCUGGCGUGAAGGACAGAGUCGAUGAGGAGAAAAUCAAUGCAUUAUUGGAGAAUUUAGAUGUGAGAGAUGGUGCUAAGCUUAAUUUCUACUUGAAUCUUCUGCAGCUCUGCGAAUCUGGCGGCGAGAAGCUACUCGUUUUCAGUAAUUAUCUUUUACCCCUGAAAUUCUUAGAGAUAAUUACGGGUAAAAUCAAGGGCUACAGUGCUGGAAGAGAGAUGUUCAUGAUAACAGGGGAAUCUGACACAGAGACGCGCGAGUCGUCCAUGGAGAAAUUUAAUCAGUCGCCUGAAGCUCGGGUCUUUUUUGGUUCUAUCAAAGCUUGCGGUGAGGGAAUCUCUCUUGUCGGGGCUUCCCGCAUUAUUAUAUUGGAUGUUCACUUGAACCCUUCAGUCACCCGUCAAGCAAUCGGCCGCGCAUUCCGUCCUGGUCAGGUAAGGAAGGUUUAUACAUACAGACUGAUUGCAUCCGGCUCACCUGAAGAAGCAGACCAUGCGACGUGCUUCAAGAAGGAGUCGAUUGCCAAGAUGUGGUUUGAGUGGAAUGAAUCUAGCCGACACCACACCCUCGAAAUGGAGCCCGUCAAUGUUAAUGCUUGCGACGACAUGUUCCUCGAAACUCCGAGGUUGAAAGAAAAUGUGGUGGCACUCUUCAGGAGGUAAACUGUCUUAAGGAAGAGGUAAAUCAACUUGUUUGUUUUCGGACAUCUAUUGCAUUUAAUUAUACAGUACUUAUAAACUUGUCCCAACUUCUGUCUGUGUACAAAUUCAGAA